CGCGCCAUCUUACCGUAAACAAACCGUUCGAGUUCGUUUUUGAGGCUCGUUUUUUCGGUCUCGUUUUUCCAGCCUUUCCCCUCGGCUCGUGGGGCGGAAUAUGGUGUCCUUCCCCUCUUCCUGUUGGGCCUGAUAGCAACGCGAGGAAGAAAAACGGGGGACGAUGAAGGCCAUUCUGAAAUACAUCGAAGUGGAGAACUUCAAGUCGUACCGAGGCUUCUACCACAUCGGGCCCUUGAAGCCUUUCACGGCGGUCAUCGGCCCCAAUGGCUCCGGGAAAUCCAACUUCAUGGAUGCCAUCUCUUUCGUCAUGGGAGAGAAGACAUCCAGCCUGCGUGUGAAGCGUCUAAGUGACCUCAUCCAUGGCGCCUCGAUUGGACAGCCCAUAUCAAGGACAGCUCACGUGACGGCCGUCUUCACUCUCGAAAGCGGUGAGGAGAAGAGGUUCACACGUCUGGUACAAGGCUCAUCGUCAGACCAUAAGAUCAAUGGAAAUGUGGUCAGCAGCCAGACCUAUCUCAAGGAGUUGGAAUCUCUAGGCAUCAAUGUGAAGGGCAAGAACUUCCUUGUCUUCCAGGGUGCCGUGGAAUCCAUUGCCAUGAAGAACCCAAAGGAAAGAACCGUGCUGUUUGAAGAGAUUAGUGGAUCUGGAGCACUGAAAGAGGAGUACGACCGGCUCAAGACAGAGAUGUUGAAGGCAGAAGAGGAUACACAGUUCACAUACCAGAAGAAGAAGGGCAUUGCAGCUGAACGUAAAGAGGCCAAACAAGAGAAGGAAGAGGCGGAGAGAUAUCAGCGCCUGAAGGAUGAACUGGGUGAAAAACAAGUAGAAAUGCAGUUGUUUAGGCUGUACCACAAUGAAAAGGAGAUUGCAGAAUUUGACAAAGAUAUUAAGAGGAAGCAAGCAGACCUGGAGAAAGUGGAAAAGAAGAAGGAAAAAGCUGAGGAGAUCUUGAAGGAAAAGAAGAAAGAACAUACUCGAGUGUCGAGGGAAAUGUCCAAGAUGGAGCAGGAUAUUAGAGAAUUGGAAGCAGAGGUCAACAAGAAGCGGCCAACCUUCAUCAAGGCCAAGGAGAGAGUCACUCACAUGCAGAAGAAGGCCGACUCUGCCCGCAAAUCUCUCGCACAGGCCAUCAAAGCCCACAAUGCCCACAUGGAUGACAUCAGGGAACUGGAGGGCGAACUUCAGGAGGUUGAGAAGAAAAGGGGCGAGUUUGAGGAACAAGUCUCGCAGGAUUCAGAAAACCAGGGAAAAAGUGUUCAGCUGGAGGAGGUGCAAAUCAAAGAGUACCACAGACUGAAGAACAUGGCUGCUCGUAAGUCUGCCCAGUACCUUCAAGAGCUUGAUUCAAUCAACCGCGAACAGAAGUCAGACCAGGACAGGCUAGACAAUGCCCAGAGACGAACCUCAGAGAUUGAGAGUCGCCUCAGACAGAAAGGUCACGAGCUGGAGGAGGCACAGAAGCGUGUGGAGAAGUUGAUGGAACAUAUCAGACAAUCUGAAACCUCAUUAGAAGACCAGAAGAGACUAAGACAGGAGUUGGUAUCAGAUGUAGGUUAUAGCAAAGAACGUAUAACUCAGCUACAAGAACAGCUGGAGAAUGUGACUGAGCAGCUUGGUGAUGCACGUGUUGACAAACAUGAAGAUGGACGCAGAAAGAAGAAACAGGAGAUCGUGGAGAACUUCAAGCAGCUCUACUCUGGGGUGUAUGACAGAAUGAUCAACAUGUGUCAGCCCAUUCACAAAAGGUACAAUGUUGCCAUUACAAAAGUCUUGGGUAAAUACAUGGAGGCCAUUGUUGUGGACACUGAGAAGACAGCCCGUCAGUGUGUCCAGUACCUCAAAGAUCAGAUGUUGGAUCCGGAGACCUUCCUACCCUUGGACUACAUUCAGGCCAAGCCCCUUAAAGAGAGACUGAGGAACAUCAAGGAACCAAGGAAUGUAAAACUUCUGUACGAUGUGUUGCAGUACGAUCCACCUGAGAUCAAGAGGGCUGUGCUUUUUGCUACAAACAAUGCCCUGGUGUGUGAGACCCCAGAGGAUGCCUCCAAAGUGGCCUAUGACCUGGAGGAUGGUCAUAGAUACGAUGCUGUUGCACUUGAUGGUACCUUCUUCUCCAAGUCUGGUAUCAUUUCCGGAGGUAGUUUGGAUCUUGCCCGAAAGGCCAAGAGAUGGGAUGAAAAGCACCUCUCUAACCUCAAAGCCUCGAAGGAGAAGCUGUCCGAAGAGCUCCGGGAAGCCAUGAAGAAAUCAAGGAAGGAGUCGGAGCUUAACACGGUUGAGUCACAGAUUCGUGGCAUUGAGACAAGGCUCAAAUAUUCUAAGACAGACAAAGACUCAACAGAGAAGCAGAUAGCUGGGCUGCAGAAGGAGCUGGACAAGCUGAAAGCAGAACUCAACACCUUUGAGCCCCAGUUACGGGAGAUUGAGAAGGUCAUGGGUGAGCGGGAAGCCACCAUGAGUGAUGUCAAGGAAAAGAUGAACACAGUGGAAGACGUGGUGUUUGCCGACUUCUGCAAGUCCAUUGGAGUCACUAACAUCCGUCAGUAUGAGGAGCGCGAGUUGCAAGCUCAAACAGAUAGGGCAAACCGUCGCUUAGAGUUUGAAAAGCAGAAGAAUAGAAUAUUGAAUCAACUUGAGUUUGAAAAGUCACGUGACACUCAGAGCAAUGUAGCUCGAUGGGAAAGAUCAGUACAGGAUGAUGAGGAUGCUCUGGAACAGGCCAAGCAAGCAGAACAGAAACAGAUGGGUGAGAUAGACAAGAGCAUGAGAGACCUGGAGAAGAAAAGAUCAGAGAAACUUGCCAAGAAAUCAGAGUGUGAUGAAAUGGAUGAUGAAAUUGGCAAGGCACGAAGGGAAGUGGGCACCAUUGCCAAAGACAUCCAGAGCGUGCAGAAGCAGAUCAAUUCGAUCGAUCACAAAAUGGAACAAAAGAAGGGGGAGAGACACUCCAUCCUCAAACAAUGCAAAAUGGAUGACAUCUUGGUUCCGAUGACUCGAGGCAACAUGGAAGACAUAGAAAAUGAGGGCCGGGAAGCAGGAGAAUCUACGCUAGAGUAUUCUUCAGGCCUCAACACACAGGUGAUGUAUGAGAAAGAGUCUAGAAUUGUCUUGGACUACACAUCCCUAAGCGAAACACACAAGGAACUCGACGACAUUGAUGAUGUGCACAAGGCUGAGAAGCGCAUGCAGAAGCAUAUCAAUGACCUCAUGAACACCAUUCAGAGAAUUCAGGCCCCCAAUAUGAAGGCAAUGCAGAAGCUUGACUUGGCAAGAGAGAAACUCCAGGAAACGAAUGAGGAGUUUGACAGCGCACGCAAACGGGCAAAGAAAGCCAAGCAGGCCUUUGAAAGAGUAAAGAAGGAGCGUUAUGACAAAUUCAUGGCAUUCUUUGAGCAUGUCUCGAAUGAGAUUGACGGCAUUUAUAAGGCUCUGGCCAAGAACGCCUCUGCUCAAGCCUUCCUCGGCCCAGAGAAUCCAGAGGAACCCUACUUAGACGGCAUCAACUACAACUGUGUGGCACCCGGUAAACGUUUCCAGCCCAUGUCCAACUUGUCUGGUGGAGAGAAGACCAUUGCUGCUCUGGCUCUUCUCUUUGGUAUCCAUAGUUACCAACCUGCUCCCUUCUUCGUGCUUGAUGAGAUUGACGCAGCCCUGGACAACACCAACAUUGGCAAGGUUGCAUCAUACAUUGUGGACAUGAAAUCACAUCUUCAGACCAUUGUCAUCUCACUGAAGGAAGAGUUCUACCAGAAUGCAGAUGCUCUUGUUGGAAUUUGUCCAGAUCCGGGCGAGUGUCUGAUCAGCAAAGUAUUGACCCUAGACCUGGAGAGAUACCCCUUGCAAAGAAGUGAGGAGCCAGAUCCUUUCGGUGUCAAGAUCUGGCAGAGGUAGACAGCAAAAAUGGUUCCAAAGAAUGUUUUUUUAUCCACUGAAUAAACAGCAAGCAGAAGGCUAAAAAGAGAAAAAAAAAAUCAUCUUUUCUUCCUUCCUUCCCUCCUUCCUUCCUUCCUUCCUUCCUUUCAUCUCAAGAAUUGAAUGUAAUACACAAUUGGUGAUACUGUCUCUCUGAAAAUUGCCUGAUGCCUCACUGGCCAAAAAAAAUGUUCUCGCAGACUGCCCAUUCCCACACCUUGAGUCGGCUGUAGGUGGAAAGGUGUCGCAAAUUGGAAAUUAGUUUGAUUUAUUUCAAUCUUUUUUUCUUUGAAACUUGCAAACAAAGGAGUUUGAACACUUGAAAGCCAUUUGUAAUCUUGUGAGUAAAGAGUAUGUUACAAGUAUGAGGUGGGAUAUUUUUAUUAUACCGAGAGAACCAUAUCUGUAGAUCCCCCUUUGUAUAGGUCUUUAAGAGUAUGUAACAUCAAGAACUAUCUGUUUACUUUUGUAUAUAAGCAAAAAAUUUAAAUGAUGAACCUAUGGAAGUAAAUAUUUAGUUUUGUAUAUUCUAAUUUUUUUGGUAUUUGUUUGUCUCUGGAUAAACGUGUUUUAAUUUUGAGUUUUCCAUCUUUUUAGAAAUAAUUUCCAUUGUUGGAUGAUAUAUACCAACUGAUGCUUAAUGAUAGUGCUACUUACUAGUGUUUCAGCCCAUUUUUUUGAGUCCAUAUAUAUUUAUUUACGCAUUUACAGUUUUAUUUAUUUAUAGUAAAACAAAAUAGGAUAUGAAAAGUAAUGAAUCUGAAAGGUCAAACAUGGAUAUGGUAUUUAUAGAGCUCUGCAUAAGUAAUGCUGUUUAUUCUUUUAAGAAGUUGGUAUUGGUCUGGUAGUCUGUGCAGAUUGCAGUACAAUCUUCAUUGUUGAUUUCAACACCUGAUGACUGUUAUUAAGUUAAUUAUGUAUACCAGUCAGAUAAUAUUGCGGCCACAGGUGAGCAUCACAAUUUAAACACAGCAGCAAAAUUAUUUUGUAUGAUCAUUUAUCUUUUAUAUGUGUGUGUAUAUAUAGUUAUAUACAUACACACAUGCAUAUAUAUUUACAUAUAUACAUAUAUGUAUAAUUUUAGUUGAAAGAAAGAAAAAUUAAAUUUAUCAGAUUUACUGUUGGAGCAGAAUGAAAAAUUACAGUAGUACUUUGGAGAUGAUUAGGUCAGAUUACCAUAGCAGUUUUUAUUUUUAUAAUGUUUAAGUGGAAACUUGUAUAGGAGAAAGAUGCAGAUUUUAUUUUAUUUUCAGUUCCCUUGAGUUUCAGUACAAAGAAACUUUAGCAACAGAAUUUUUGUCCUUGUGAGUAAAUAAAAGAAUAUUCUGUA